UUUUGUGUCGUAACCUCGAAACUCAACCGGCAGAAAUAAAAACAAUGUUUCAUGGUGUCAUUCGGAAGACAAGAGUGCUAUCGCAUAUUAAAUCAUUUUCAUCUGCAAAAAAUGCCGUCCACAUGAGUCAACAGACGGAGUCGAUCAAAAUGACUGAAAAAUGUAUCAAACGUCUAAAAGAGCUGCACGAAAAAUCACCGGAGAAAAUACUGCGUAUAUCUGUCGAAGGAGGGGGAUGUUCAGGAUUUCAGUACUUGUUUAGUUUGGAUACGGAAACAACAGAAGAUGACUGUGUUGUUGAAAAAGAAGGAGCCAAGAUCCUUGUCGACAAAGACUCCAUGCAGUAUCUUGAGGGAGCUGUACUUGACUUCCAGUCCGAGUUGAUAAGGUCUGCCUUCCGCGUACUUAAGAACCCCAAAGCUGAAACUGGCUGUUCAUGUGGUUCUUCAUUUUCUCUAAAAGUGUGAUAAGGAUAUAGCCAAACCAAGUGUUUGUCAAAUUGCUUUGUAAUCAGUCGUACAUAUGUUGAUCAAUGUUACAACAACCAAUUGCAAAAUAGAAACCCAAUACAAU